CGUAAUGAUAAUUGCUGUCCGACAUGAUGCGAAGUUCGGGGUUUUGAUGAAAAUCCAACGGUAAAUUAAGGCAGUUUUUCAACGCUUUUCAACAAGGAUGAAUGCAAAAGUCGUUUUAAACAUAGCGUUCAUUGUGUCCGUGACAAAUCUACCUCGAAAGACGGAUCAGAGCGACCCGAUCUCGGCGCUAUCAAAUUGUGGCAAAGUAGAUGCGACAAAAUUCCCAGAUUGUGUCAAAGAAGGCUUCAAUGUCACGGUUGUAAGUCUUGCGAAUAAGUAUUACGCCAGAAGCUAUGCGGAUAUAAUCAACUACAUUACGGUAAAACUCGAUGAUUGCUCAAAGUACACAUCCUUUAUGCUCUGUUCGCUGUACGUACCGAGAUGCCACGAGAAGGGACCGCUACUACCUUGCCAAGAAGUUUGUUGGGAAUUUGUCAACGACUGUGGCACGCAAAUGGAUUUCACUGGAUUGAACUGGUUAAAGUCGCUAUGCAGUGUUCUACAAAAUAAGACCGAAAACCCUAGAUGUAUUAAACCCGAGAAUUUCAUGCAUUCAAAAGCAAGCUUUACUCGAGGUUUGUCUUGUAAAGAAAAGGUUAAAUAUGAAAACUGCAGUGAACUGUUCAGUGGCGGGCGGAAUACUUUUGUACCAGGAAAAACACAGAACAAAACCUUCCAAGAAAAGGAAAGCAAGACUAUGAGACAGUGGAUGAAAAACGUCAAAAGUGAGAAGUGUAAGAAUAUUCUCGCGAAGCUGGCUUGUGCAUCGUACACACCCCCAUGUAAAGGAAACAAGAUGGAGACACUAUGCAGGUCAGAGUGUGUUGACCUGUUUGACGAUUGUCCAGAAGCAGCUAAUAUUGCGGAAGUGAUAGCCUACUGCGCUGAGCCGGCUGAGGGAUAUUCGAAAAGCGGUUUUUGUGAGCUAAACAGGUGGCCAAGUGCGAGACAUUGGGAAUCAGGUCCACGGACUAAUAUAAUAUCGCCCCAGUCCUUUCCACCGGGUCUCAUUGCUGCCCUCGUUUUGGUGCCACUUUUUGCGAUCAUCUUCAUCUACCUUGCCAUAACUGUGCGCAGGCGCUACAACCAGAGGACAAGCGGUUAUACACAGCAGCGAUCGACUUACACCGAACCUGAUGACCCGACUGCAUAACGCGAAAUCAAGACUCUUCCUCAUUGUUUCUUUAAGAGAAGUCAUUGCUCUUCUUCCAUCAAAAGUCUUGUAGUAAUGGUGCAGCUCUUCUGUACUUCUUACCCCUUCACGAAAAGUUUGUAUAUUGUCAGAAAAUUUGGCCUGUGUAAGAUUUAAGCCAAGUUCGUCAUUUACAAUCCGUUUCAAUCUCCUCCCUCCUUAGUUAACGUUUUCAUCUUUUUGGUUUAUUAGUACCUCAGGCUUUUGUGUUUUUCUAUAUUGCCCCAGAAAAAUUGCUAAUACUUUUUAAAAUCAUUUCAAAUCUGCAUCAACUUGAUCUCGUCCAUUCUUAGCCAUAUUAUUUCUAGUUCUCUUCCUUUUUAAUUUGUCGUUAUCUCUGUGGUUUUUUCUUUUUAUUACUAUCUUACCGAACUUUUAAUCUGAAGUCCUUCUUUGCUGAAUAUUUUUCCCGCCACUUAAAAUGAGACAAAUCCUUAUCAAAGAUCGAGAAGUUUAACAAACAAAUAUGCGAGGCACUGUUUAUUACAAUUUUAAUGAUUGGGAGAUUUUUAACAGUAGCUUUAUGAUGACUAGCUCGGGUAAAACAACGAGAAAAGACUGCUGCAAUCACCGAAAACGAUUCCUUAGCAGCUAGGCGGAACGAAACUGUAAAAUUUAACGACGAGUGCUGUGAGCAAAAUUUAAAUCGAUUGUGGCAAGCCUAUCUCUAGAAUAAUUGGAUCGUUAUGCGUUGUGCACGGCUGUCUUUACCUCGAUCUUGCGGCCAUCGUAUGAAGCUUACAUGGUUUUCUUCAGAGACAACAGCUCGGUUUGCACAGCCCAUUCCGUAGAAAAAUUAAAUGAGAAUCAAGAGUUUCACAUGUCUACUGGGCUUAUUGGUUGAAUCAUUGUAAAUUAUGUUUUUAUGUAUUAUGCAAUCUACUAACGAUUUUUCAAUAUUCUGAGCUCAAGAAUCUCAAGUAUUGUUGAGUACUUUUGGCAUGAGCUUCUGACUUGAGAGAUUACGUGGGCUGGCUUUGUGUUAUAAACAUGCAUUAUAAAAAUAUGGCUCACUUACUUGGUCCUUCGCAGAGUCAAGUCAAGUCCUUACUCACUUGAGAGUUUUCUGAAGCGUCUCAAGAUUUACAUGUCACCUCGUGUUUUUUUUUUUUCUUGUAUAUUGCUUCUUAAUAAACCUGUUUUUGCUAAUGAAACA